AUGCGCGCGGAUGGCAACUUGUCAACUUGCUGUCAAUGAGUGAGACUGAAUGAAAAUAUUGCAGUUCCUCUUUUUCGUCUUGGUCUCCCUCGUUCAUGAUGGCGCAAGAGAGGAGUUCCCCCCCAGCAUCCAGGGAGCCAAUGGAGGCUCUCCCACGGCCUCACAUGAGUUUCUCAGGACGGCUUUUUUUUUUUUUUUUAAUGACCGAUAUUGAUGUAUGGUAAUUUCUUGGCCGGCGGAUCACAUGACACAAUUACCUCAAGAAUCGAUCAAGAUGUAUAGCGAGCCCGCUCGCGGCUCUUUGCGCGCGUCUGGGCUGCCGAGCCAGAUGGGCCAAGUUUAACGGGCACAAGCCGCGGAGAAGCCUCCUCCUCCGCCUCCUGGUCCCGCCGCCGCAGACAUGACGGACUACGACGAGCGCUCUUCCAACAUGUAUCUGCCGAGCUGCACUUACUACGUCUCCACGCCCGAUUUCACCUCCGUCUCGUCCUUUUUGCCGCAAAGCACCUCGUGCCAGGUGAAUUUCCCCUACUCGGCCAACAUCGGACAACCUGUCCGUGAGGUCUCCUUCAGGGAUUACGGACUGGAGCACCCCAGCAAAUGGCACUACCGGGGCAACUACGCGUCCUACUACUCCUCGGAGGAGAUCAUGCACCGGGAUUUGAUCCAGUCGUCCUUCAAGAGCGAGCCCCUCUACGGCGGCGGCCCCCACGCGGGCGCCGCCUCGCCCUGCAACCUCUUCCCCGGCGUGGGACGCAACGGGGUCCUGCCGCAGGGCUUCGACCAGUUCUUCGACGGUUCCAACUCGGACAAGAGCGCCGCCGAGCCGCCGCCUCCUCCUCCGCCGCCGCAGCCCAGACAGAAAAGCGGCGAGGACACGGCCGGUGACGAGCCCAGCGUGGACGACGACUCGUCGUCCAACUGUGGCGACAAGAGCAGCCAGCAGACCUCGACAAGCAAGUCACGAAAGAAAAGAUGUCCCUACUCCAAGUACCAGAUCCGAGAACUUGAGCGAGAGUUCUUCUUCAACGUGUACAUCAACAAGGAGAAACGCCUGCAGCUCUCCAGGAUGCUCAACCUGUCCGACCGCCAAGUCAAGAUUUGGUUCCAGAACAGACGGAUGAAGGAGAAGAAGCUCAACCGUGACCGUCUACAGUACUUCACUGGCAACCCGCUCUUCUGAUACACACAACACACAAACAAAAUACACACACUAAUAUAUAUACAAACACACGCCAAAGACUGAGCCCUUAUGCAUAUGUCAGCCGCCAUGUAUUCGAAACGGCAGCGUGACGUCACGUGUGUCCAAUUCAUUUAUUUAAGUUAAUCACACCUAUGAAAACAAACUAUAUUUUAGCCGACAUUAUUUAUUCGUGUGUAUGAGCAUUUAAAGGAUGCAUGUCAUGUGGUGUCAAUGUGUCAAAGCAAAAAUGUUCAACUAAAUGACAAGCGGCUGACGGAGAAUCUUUUUAGCCUGGGGAGAAAUGCGACUCCUCGCCUUUAUUUCCCCUCCUUUCACACACUGGAUUGUUUACUAAACCUUGAACCGUCUAGACACAAUCAUAAAAGCAGCUGUAAACGGCUAAAUAAGGGGCUAUUGGACUUUGGA